GCGGCGGCGGCCCGGGGGGGCGGCCACGGGGGAGAGCGGAGGCGGGGAGCGGCCGCCGGGCGCUCAGGGGCUGCGGAACCUGGGCAACACGUGCUUCAUGAACGCGGUGGUGCAGUGCCUCAGCAACACGGCGCCGCUCGCCGAGCUCCUGGCGCUGGGCCGCUACCGCGCCCGCGGGGCCCGCGCCGAGGUGACCCACCGGCUGGCGGCCCUAGUCCGCGCCCUCUGGACCCGCGACUAUACACCGCAGCUCUCCGCCGAGUUCAAGAACAUCGUCUCCAAGCACAGCGCCCAGUUUCGGGGCAAUGCGCAGCACGACGCCCUCGAGUUCCUGCUCUGGCUGCUGGACCGCAUGCACGAGGACCUGGGCGCUGCCUCCCUGGCCCCACAGACCUGUGUCUCUGAGGAGCCUGGUGAGGACGGGAGUGGUGCCGACAGCUCCUCACCAGCCUCCCGGCAUCCCCAUGGGCAGAGCUUUGUGCAGAGCCACUUCCAGGCUCAGUACAGGUCCUCCCUGACAUGCCCUCAUUGCCUGAAGCAGAGCAACACCUUCGACCCCUUCCUGUGCAUCUCCCUGCCCAUCCCGCUGCGCAAGACCAGGGCUCUCAACGUCACCCUGGUGCUGCAGUGCGAGCGCUGGCGGUUCGUGCGCGUGGGGCUGGCUGUGCCCCUGUCGGGCACCGUCGCUGGGCUGCGGGAGAUGGUGGCGCGGGAGGGAUGCAUCCCCCCCGAGCAGGUGAUCCUGGCCGAGGUGUCCCCGCAGGGCCUCCUGCGCUCCCUGGGCGAUGCAGAGGAGCUGGGCGCUGCCGGGGAGCGGGCUCCGCUCUACGCCUUCCAGCCCCCCCCCGCCCGCCGCACAGGGUGCAGCCUGCCUGCCUCCCCUGGGGCCACCCAGCCCGAGGGGCUGCACCGGGGACCGGCUGCUGCCUGCUCCUCCGACUGUCUGCACCGCGGGGCGGGCGGCCACAUCCUGCUGCUGCUCUGCAACACGACGGGCUCUGGCCCCCAGCUCGCCAGGUUUGGGCCACCGCUGUUGCUGCGGGAGGAGAGGGGUGCCUCCUGGGAGCAGCUCCAGCAGAGCAUCCUGGCCCUGCUGCAGGAAGACGUGCAGGCACAGGGCACAGGAGUCCUCUUCCGCAUCCGCCUGGCCGGGGGCUCAGCCCCCUGCACCUACCUGUCCCCACAGGACCCCCGCCCCCUCUGCCACCCUGCUGUCGACAGAGCCCUGCAGCUGAGCGGGACAGGUGGCCCUCCCCACGUGAAGCUGACAGUGGAGUGGGAUGUGAGCACCAAAGAGCGCCUUUUCGGCAACCUCCAGGAGGAGGUGGUGCAGGACGCCGAGAGUGUGCGGCUGCAGCAGCAAGCGCAUGGGCAGCAGCACAGCUGCACGCUGGAUGAGUGCUUCCAGCUCUACACCAAGGAGGAGCAGCUGGCCCCGGAUGACGCCUGGCGCUGCCCGCACUGCAAGGUGCCCCAGCAGGGCACGGUGAAGCUGAGCCUUUGGACACUGCCCGACAUCCUCAUCAUCCACCUCAAGCGCUUUCGCCAGGUGGCUGAGCACCGGCACAAGCUCACCACGCUGGUGAGGUUCCCCCUGCGGGGUCUCAACAUGGCCCCUCACGUGGCGCAGCGGGGCCAGGCUGGUGGGCAGCUGUUGGGGCGCUGGGCCUGGCAGGGCCCCCCCCGCCUGCCCCCAGGCUGCCCCCGUGACUCCCUCUACGACCUGUACGCGGUCUGCAACCACCACGGCAGCUUGCAGGGCGGGCACUACACCGCCUACUGCUGCAACGCCCUGGAUGGGCAGUGGUACAGCUACGAUGACAGCAGGGUGGAGGGGGUGCCGGAGGCCGAGGUGAGCACCCGCAGCGCCUAUAUUCUCUUCUACCAGCGCCGCAAGGCUGUGCCCGUAUGGUCUGCUGGCAGCUCCAUCAGGGGCUCCCCGCUGGCAGAGCACUGGCUGUCCCGCCUGGGCAGCGACACGGGGGACACCGCAGCUGCCCGGCCCUCCCUGCUGGGCACCCACCACGCCACUGCCGCCCAGGAGAAAGGUGGCUUCGAGGCCAGGCCCUUUGUGCGGGGCGUCCAGCGCCGCAGCGCCAGCGCCCAGCUCUCUGCCACUGGUGGCCGGUCCCUCGCGUGCCAGGAGCAGGGCCCGGGGGAGCUCGUGGCCUACCUGGAGUCGGGGCGCCGGCCCCGCUGCACGCAGCGCUCGCUGCUCCCGCUCGGCACGGGGGGCACCCACCUGGCACAGCCCGGCACCCCCCGAGCCCCCCGCCAGCCCCUGCGCGUGCCCGCGCUGCGGCGAGCGGCCAGCGCCGGUCCCGAGGGGUCCCUGCGUGUGCCCCCCAGAAGCCAGAGCAGGAGGGGCGCGGGGGGGCUGCCGCGGGCAGAGGGGGAUUGGGGUGACCCCCCCGCGCAGCCGUCCCCCAGCCUGGCAGCCUUGGUGCACUCGCGGAGCUUGGCCAGCCUGACCCUGCACCGCGACGGGGGGCUGCGGCGCUCGGCCUCCCUGGGCAGGGGCACGGGGGGGCCGCCCCUGCCUGCCUGGGGUCCCCCUGGGUCCACGCUGCGGCGGGGACGGCGGCUCACAGGCUCCCUGCAGCGCCCGGCCGUGCCCGAGUCCAGCUUCUGAGCCGUGGCCGGUGGGCAUCGCCCUGGGGCCCCUGC